AGAGCGAAUUUAGUAGUGCCGUGACUUUCAAUCGUAGCACUGUAAGAGACGUAGACUUGUUUCAAAAUCGGCUAGGACGAAUUGUGUGGUGGAUUUCGCGUACAUAUGCUUUUCAGCCAUGGCAAGGUGAUGGAUUUUCUAAUGUAUGAAUUCACUAAUGAAUAUUUUACGUAACUCAAUCAUGUGGAACAACACUUUAAUAGUAAUAUAAAGCAAUUCGUUGUAUGAAACUUAUAGUGACCAAAAUUAGAAAUCCCGUUCACUGUACGAGUCCUUUGGAAGAGAGGAAGAGAGAAAGCAAAUGUGUCAUACAGGUUGAGAGAAAGAGUGAGAAAUUCCGGAAACAAAAGGAUCGGCUUCGUGUAUUUCCUGCAUUCGAGCGCUAGUUGAAAUGUGAGGGACAAUUCGUAAGGAAAAAAAGAAAAUCAAUAAUUUCAUUCAAGGUUAUUCACAUCGGCCGAAUGAGUAUUUAUUGGGACAAAAUUACUGUUUAACAACAAUAACAACUCACAAAGAUUUCCGGUGAUUUCAACAGCGACUUCAGCACGGUACGGUAGUAAAACCACAAACUAAUUUAUCAGGGUCAGAACCAUAUGAGAUCGGCAGGACUAAGUAUUUACCCUUUCAGCAGGUUGAAUCAUGUCCUACCCUAAUCAUCAAAAAAACAUCUACUUUUCUGCAACAAUCGGAAGUAAUGUGAGAACGUGACGACAUUCUCGCAUGCAUUGAUCCUUACUCUAUGGUAAAAUAGGCACCCGCUGCCAAGAGUGUUCGUGUAAAUCUUUCCAGAUUGGAAAUCAGGUCAAAUUCAAAUAUUCUUGGCACUGAUUUCCGUAUCGCCAGCAGUGCACACUGAUAGUAGUCAUCCGAACGCGAGUAAAUCCUGCAGCCGUGCGUUGAGAUCUGCACUAUAGAACCGUAAUACAGGAAACACUGGAAUAUCGACAUGACGAUUGCGUUCGUCUCAUCGCGGUUGACAAUCGAAGUGAAGGUGAUUCUCGAUAAUUUUGGCAUAUUUUGGGUAGAGUAUUCCGAGUAAAAAAUCCACAAAUCUAGUGAUAACAAAUGAAAGCAUAUCAUGCUAUAAUGAAAAUCUUAGCUAGGCAGCAAAUCACCAGCCUGCGGAAGUGUUGCCUGUGUAUGCUAAUAGUGUGGUGUAGUGCGUUGCCGGUUACGGUAUCCCAAUGGGAUCAUAUGAUGGAUUUCGAUCACAACUACAGGCUGCUAUGGACUUCCAACAAUCAGGAUAUAACAUUCGAGAUACAAGCAAGAACGCUGGGGUAUGUGGGUCUUGGAUUUUCACACGAUGGUACACUGGCCGAUUCAGACAUAGUAAUCGGAUGGAUCGAUCAGGGGCAUGUACUAUUGCAGGACAGACACAUCCGAGCCGAAAGCGACGGCGAUCCCGUUGUUGAUUCAUCUCAAGACUACACCGUAUUAUUAGGGUACGAAAAUGUCACCCAUACAGUGAUACGAUUCAAGCGUAACCUAGAAACCUGUGAUAAUAAGGAUGAUACGCCAAUAACGAACGAUACAAUGCGGGUGAUAUUCAUGUACUCGAAACAAAAGCCUAUAAAAGGAUCAACACUUCCCGGAACUCUGCCUGCUCCGCUGGAGGCAUUCAGGGGCUCUCGAUCUGUUUUCCUAACGCAACGUACCAAUCAGCAUCCAUUGCCGAAUCCAUCAAGUAUCAGCAUCUUGGAAUUGCGAAACGAAGACGUCGAACUACCAGAAAGUGACGAAAGUUUGUAUUGGUGCAAAAUUUUCAAACUGGAUGAUUUUCAUGAGAAGCAUCAUCUUGUGAGGUACGAACCCGUUUUUGAUUCAUCAACCAGUGUUCUCUAUCUGAACCACAUGAUCCUGUACGAGUGCCAAGGGCUGUCAAAAGAACUGGAAAUGCUAUCCCGUGAACGAGGCCAGCCGUGUUUCCGCAUGCAGCCAAUGCACUGUAACACCGUCGUUGCCAACUGGGCACGUGGAUCGGAUGGCUUCAGUUUCCCACGGGAAACUGGUUAUCCGCUGGACUCCCACCAGGCCACCUAUUAUAUGCUGGAAACGCACUACAACAAUCCAGACUAUUCGUACGAUUUUUCCUCGUUUUAUCAAAAGAAUUUGAGCAAACAACAGCGAAUUAUGAACACUCACGGUGACGAUGACGACGAUAACGAUGAUGCUGAUGAUGAGGAUACUGCUAACGAGAACACAGAUCAAGAUGAGAGGAAUCAAGAGGAGUACGCAGCUGAAAGUGAGUCUGAUGUAGGACCCGAGAGUGAUGCCGCCAACGAGCAGCAGGUGGUUGACAAUUCCGGCCUCAAGCUGUAUUACACACAAAGCUUAAGAAAUUUCGACGCUGGUGUUCUAUCGGUAGGACUCGAUCCAAACUGGCGUCACAUCAUUCCUCCUGGUCAGGAAAAGGUAGUUUCCGAAGGACAUUGCAUCGGAUCCUGCACGCAAAAGGGUUUCCCUAAGGAAGGCAUUAAUAUUUUUGCCGUGAUGACACGCACUCAUCUGAUCGGGCGUCAGGUGAAGCUUCGUCAGAUUAGGGGAAGUGAAGAACACGAGCCGAUUGUGCACGACACAAAUAUCGACCCAAGUUAUCGGGACUACCGGCGACUACCAGCACCUGUCAAAGUUCUUCCCGGUGACAAUCUAAUCGCCGAAUGUAUCUAUGACAGCUCUUCACGGAAAUCCAUCACAUUGGGUGGUAUGACGACCAGAGAGGAAAUCUGUCUCGUCCUUACGUUAUAUUACCCAAGACAGAAAGAGCUGACAUCCUGUCAUUCACUGCCAAGCUUACCGACUGUGCUUCAUUCCCUGGGUAUUCAAGAGCUUGCUUCUGGAACCAACCCGGUUGUGAUUGCUUCCCCAUCCGAACUAGCAGGAAUGACCCUGGAAAAACGACUCACCUCAUACGAUUGGGCAAACCAGUUUGAAAGCUUUCAAUACGUUACCCAAAGGGGAUCCUUCAAACCACUCUGCUGGACGCCAAACAAUAGCAUGCUACCGGGUAUAGAAAUGGAAUCGUACGGAAGCAAUAUUACUCACUACUGGAAACCGACCAACAAGUGCCGCAACAUUCACACCAACAUGGUAACCGAGCCAAUGCAAGACGGCAGUCAACCCAACAUGAUCGAUUUGCCAGCGAUGGACGAUCACGAGUCCACUAACAUGGUAGAUGCCGAUCUGCGGGCCAAAGUGGCACGACCAAACAGAAAUGCCAGCAACCAGGGCGGCGGUCGCCCAACCUCCAGUGUAGGACACAGUCAAUCCAACCACAACAUUCCUCCCGAGGGAAUCGUGUUGGUUACCUUGGUUUUGGUGGCCAUAAGCCGGCUCGUGAUCGGAUUAAUUUAAUUAAAAUGCAAGCAAACCACUCCCGUAAGUCUCUUCAAUCGUAUCAGUCUAACCGAGUGAGGAAUGAUUCGAAAUGGAGGUAAAAUAAUUGAUUCCACAAGUUCUAAGGAAUAGUUAAAAAAAACAUCCACAAGGGACUCGGUGUCCCUCAAAGUAGAUUUCAAUACAGCAAAAUAGAGUAAAUAAUAUGAAUUCCACAAUGUAUUCUCAACUUUUCAUUAUACGCUUUGCCAAUUCACUCCGAAAAUUCAUUUUACCUACUGAAACACCGUGUCCACGACUGAUGCAAGCUAUCACUCUACAAAAUUGCAACAACUAACAAACCGAACUGACCCUCCGCACAGUUUUUUUUUGUUUCGAUUUGUAGUAGGAAAUGGAGAAAGCAAUAAAAACACAUGACACGACCCGAAUUGGGGAGCUCCAAUCUAUGAGUAAUACGAUUCUUCGAAACGCAAAUUAAUUCGAUGUAAAACGUGAUUCUGAACUUGUAAAAAAAAAGUAAAGCAUGUUUUGUAUUUGUAUAUACCAGUGGCGAAUGUAGAAACAAUAAAUCUCUACGAAACAAGAUGAUGGAUAAUCUUCUGAGCUGCCCUUUCACGCAUCAUUGAAUGAGCAACCGUGCUUGGUGUGGUAGUAAAUUACAUGAAUGUUUGUUACCAAAGAAUAAUAAAAGUGAGAAAAGCUGAGACGCUUGUACCAUAGUGUAUAUAUAACUUCUGAAUAAAGUGAAGAUGACAUACAGCAUACCGACAAAGCAAAUCUUAUUCUUCUAAGAUGAAUCCCGACACCAUCAACUGGAACAGAUAACCUAAAUGCAAUAAUAACAAGAUAUUCUAUAGUUAAAUCAAUUAACAAACAUAAUUAAGUCCGCAUCAAAUCUUCGCUCCAACAGAACCGUUAGAAAAUAAUAGAAUUUUGCAUAAAAAUCCGAUAAUAAGAAGAAAAUAAAUUAAAUCAAAACUAAAUGGAAGAUAUAUGAUCAUACAGGACAUACUAUGAUCCCAAUACUACUCGCAAUCGAACCCGAUUUAUGUAAAACACCACAUAUGUAUAAUAAAUAUAUUUAAUAAAACAAAA